GCGGCGGAGGCGGCACGGCGGGGCCGGUGGCCUGGCGGCGGCGGGGCGGCAUGCCGGGGCGGUAGCGGCGGAGUCGGUGCCGGCGGAGUCGGUGCCGGCGGAGUCGGUGCCGGGAGCGGCGAUGCGGCUGCUCGGUGCCUUCCUGCGGCUGCUGGUGGCCGGGACGCUGGGCGCGCCUCCCGCCCCGGUCCCGGAGGCGCGGGGGACGGCCAGCGCGGAGCCGCCCGUCCUGACCUUUCGGGAGAUCUGGAAUCGUAGUUUCUGCCGGCCUCUGGAGCAGCUGGUGGACGUCAUUACCGAGUUCCCCAACGAAGUGGAGUACAUUUUCAGACCCUCCUGCGUCUCCCUGCAGCGCUGCGGUGGCUGCUGUGGGGACGAGGGUCUCCGCUGCGUCCCUGUGGAGACGAGCAAGGUCACCAUGCAGCUCCUGAAGAUAAAGCCAAAUGGGGAGGCACCCUACGUGGAGAUGGCGUUCACCGAGCACAAGCAGUGCGAGUGCAGGCCCCGCCAGGACCUGAUGAGGUUGGGAAGGAGGAGGUCCAAGGGCAGAGGUAAGAGAAGACAAGACAAGAAGAGACGUAAAGACUGUGAACUAUGUGGCACACCACGCAGGUAGCCUCCGCUCUGCCCCCGGCCUUGCUCCUGCCCCCUGGGUUUGAGCUGGCUGCGUUUUCCCCUGGCUUGGGGGACUUGUGGAGCCAUGCCCCACCAGGCAGCGGUGGGGAGCAGGACUCUGGUGGGGAAGAGCUGACGGGACCCUUGCUUGGCUCUGGUGGGAAUGCAGUCUGGAACAGAGGACUCCCUUGCACCGUUAGCAACAGGACAAAAGGACCUGUGAUCAGGCUUGGGGCUGAAGAUGAGGACCUCGAGCAGCAUGCUGGUGUUUGAGGGCAUCCUGGGGGCAAUGAGGAGCGGAGCUGGUGGACAUGCUGCUGGAGCUGGCUGGGGACAGCAUGAUGUGGGGGGCGAGCGGAGACUGCUUCAGAGGGCUGCAGCUGCACAAAUGCUCUGUCGUGCCAGCGCCCUGCAGCUGGGGAGGAAGGAAACCUGGGACAGGCGAGGCUGCAGGGCUGCGUCCCUCCCAGCCUUGGCACAGGGCAGCCCAGGAGGGUGCCAGGGAGCUUGCCUGGGAAGCUCUCCUGCUGGGGAAGGAGAGAGAAUUGGGGUUGCCAGAGCUCCUCGCGUACUCACAGCCACAUCCCAGCCUUGCCGUGCUCAAUAAAACCUGGUGGUCAGAUACUGGAGCUGGCAGCGUGAGCACUCCUGUCUGCUUUCCAGCAGCCGCAGGCAGGGCUCUUCCCCCUGGGCACCCACCCAGGCUGGGGGAGGGCACUCCUGUGGUGGCCCAGGGCUUGUCCCCAGCAACAGCUCCUGCAGUACCCAAGAGGCUGCCCUUGGUGCAGUGCUGGGGAUGGGCAACCAGCAGGUCAGGACCAAGCUGCUCCCCAGGCUAGAGGCUACCCAUGUGCUGGAGCUCAGGAGGGUACUGGGAGACCCUUGGGGAACUGCCCUUCUCCUCCACACCGUGGUGUGUGGGCUGGUACCUCUCCCCAUUGACCAUCCCCAUCCUGCACUCCCCUCAAUCCAAACGUCUGCCUCUCACUGUCCUGUGGCUUUCCUUCUCCCCGGCUGGGCUGAUUGCAAGGCUGGAGGGGGUGCAGGCUGCCCGCGAGCCUUCACACCCACCAAGGGCUCAUUCACCCAGAGUGGGGCCCUGUCUCUUACUGGGACCAUCCUGGGGUGUGUAGGGGGGGGUGGUGGCUCUCACUGAGGUGGCUGUGGGUGCUGCUGUUCCCUGCUUUCACCACACAGCCAGGUCUGUGCCCAUGCCCGGGGGCGCAGCCCCAGCCCCCGUGUCUGCAGACCUGCAGCGGUUCCCCUGGGGCUCUCCAUCCCCCCUUCCCCACUGCAGCGGAGCUGGGGCUGGCUGCCAAGUGCAUCCUGUGCUGCUCUGCUGUGCAAGCCAUGCCCCGAAGCGGUGCACACAACUGCAAGCCUGAAGGGCAAACUGGACACCCCUGGCAUGGGGUUAAAACAGAAUCAAGGGUUAUACUUGAAAACUUCAAGCAAAAGGCUGGUGGGUAAGAUGUGCAAAGGCUUCAACAUUGCCAUCAGAUGAGGUGACCUGCUGUUUAUCCUGCACUGAGGAACAAGAGUGAAGCCUGAACGUAGCAGGUGUUGGGAUCCAAGGCAGCUCCUCCCCACACCCGAUGUGGCAGCCUGAAGCCAGGGCAGGCUCCCUCAGAGCCACAAUGCUGGGCUGACACAGGGCCGUGGGGGCAGGGCAGGUCCUGCGGCAGUGGUACCCUGGCGGGGGAAGCCAGUGAUGGGUGUUCAGGUGCUGUGAACCUCCACGCUGCCACCAUACAGCACAGCAUGGACUGGGUGAGUUGCACAUGUGCAGCUGGGCAUAUCCUCCAGGAGCUUGCUGGAUCCUUUUUGGACCCCAUUUCCACUUCUGGCAUCCCCAGUGUCCCGGGCCCGGCACAGCCUGUGUGGGCUCUGCCCCAACCAUGCCCCACGAAGCUCCUCCUUGGCUGCCUCACGGGUGAGAGGGGGGCUCUCUGCUCCCCUUCCCACACUGCUCGGGGUCUGUGUGGGCCAUGGGACACCCUAGCUGGGGUGGCCUGUCCUGGUCUGGGCAGGAUCUCCCCAUCCCCAUGUGCUGCUUCAGCCUGGCUGGUUGCGCUGUGAGGCUAAGAACUGUGUGGAGUGCUUAAGGGAUGUACGUGAUGGUUUCUGUAUUGUUUUUAACAGUAAAAAUAUCACCGUGGUAGUAUUAAGCCUUUAAAAAGGAAGUUACGCAAACCCAAGAAUGUUAAUUAAUAAAAAUAAGUUGGUCAAGA